UUUUUUUUUUUAGACGUGUGCUUGUGUUCGUAAUAUUGUGUAAGCCCAUUCCAAAUCGUUCUACGCAAUCGUUAAUGUCUACCGCUCGCUUUUGAUACCCAAUGUGUACGACCUCCGGAUGUUUUUCAAAAAUUCUGACCGACAUGAUGUUUUCUACAGCAAAAGGAAAACGAGCGUGCCUUCUUUCAAGCUUUGAAAGGAAAUCAAGCAACAAUGAUAUUUGUUAUCGGCCACUGGAAAAAAAUUACCCAAUUUUAAUGAAUGAAAGGACUUGCAAAUCGCCGGUUGAGGUGUCUAUAUUUCUGGAUUUUGACUGCUGUAGUUUGGCAAAGCCCAAUAUGUAAGUAAAUAGAAUGACAGGGGGGAAUGUAGACCAGGGGGUUCCGAUAACAUAUCCGGCGGAUAUUCCAUUGCUGAAGCGCAACUCGAAUGCAAAGACUAACAUCAAAGCACAUCUAAACAACACAAUACACAUACCGAUCGACUCGAACAGAUUGGAUGUUUUCAAGGAGGUCGGCGCUUGAUGUAAACAAAACAGUGAGUGCGUUCCGAUCGACUAUUAUUUACCGUUCUCGCAUCGUUCGAAAACAUGGCAGAUACCGCAGCUUCCGCGAAAAAGAAGGUUUCCAAGCCCAAGGUGCCCGCAGCGCACCCAAAAUACAUCGACAUGAUCAAGGCUGCCCUCGGGUCACUGAAAGAGCGUGGUGGAUCUUCUAGACAAGCCAUUCUUAAGCACCUGAUGGCCAAUUAUAAAGUGGGCAAUGACGUCAACUCCAUCAAUGCCCACCUCAAAAUGGCCCUUAAGAAUGGAGUCAAAAAGGGUGCUUUGAAGCAAGCCAAGGGUAAAGGUGCCAGCGGCUCCUUCAAGCUUGGAGAUAAGCCCAAGGCUGAGCAAAAGCCUAAAGCCAAGAAAGUAGCCAAACCAAAGGCUGCCAAACCUAAGAAGGCUGCUGCUGCUGCCAAGCCCAAGAAGGCGGCCGUAGAGAAAAAAGUGAAGAAAACGCCAAAGAAACCAGCCGCACCCAAGAAGACCAAGACUCCCAAGAAGAAGCCCGCAGCCAAGGCCCCCAAGAAGGCCAAGAGCCCCAAGAAGCCCGCCGCCAAAAAAUCCAAGACCCCCAAGAAGGCCGCCGCCAAGAAAUAAGCAGUCUUUGCAAUAUUCCUGCACAGAGUGUUUACUCACAAAACAAAAGCCCUUUUUAGGGCUACCAACAUUUUUAGAAAAGAUGCUGUUCUUACACGUGUGAGAGAAAUGCGUUUCUACGUCAUUUAAGUGAAUACUGAUUCAAGCUGUUUUAACGUUUUCAUACUUUGAUUUACUUGUCCUGCAUGGCAUUCAGUUAAAAGAGGGGAGGGAGAGGAAACUAACCCACGCUUUUACAAACAACAUGACAUUUUUUUAUCUGAUUUAUUAGCUCUCCCUUCCUAAAGCUGUAGGGUAAGAAAUAAGAUGGAGACUGGUGAAUUAUGACAACAUAUAGUACAGUACCUGCAUCAUUGAGUCCUCAUUCGUUUGAAUAAAGCUAGCUGAAUUGAAACAUUCAUAUAUAUGCAUUUCCUAUACAUACAAUGGCUUGAUUGUUUUCAUUCGGUUUAUUGUCCGAUAAGAAAACAAAAAUUAAAAGUAUCAUCCGUGGACUUUUAUUUCAGUACUUGAUUUGUAUACAGUCCAGGUUUGGCAGGACUAACAUAAUUCACUCUCAUAAUGCAAUGUUUCAUGUGUGUAACAAUGUUUUCAGACUUUAGUCACCGAGAAAUGUCUGAUCGGUGUCUAAAAGUGAAAAAAUGGGGUUCUUUCUUUGUUUAGGAACAGAGUGACGAUACAUCACCUCUAAGAGUAAGUUGUAAUUCUAGCAUGUCUAAUUUAGUCUUCAAAAUGAAAUAAGGAUUUACACAUUUUAAACAGUUCUCCGUUGUCCAGAGACUCGCUCACUUCAUGUGUACAUCAACUUCAUAGCCUCAAUGUUGUUCAAGAUUUAUAUAGAGGAGUGAUUAUUGUUAGGAUGUAACAGUAGUCUAGGAUAUUCUGGAAUGAUUUGGGGUCUUGAAAUUCACAAAGCUGUCCGAAAAAGUCAUUAGUCACAACUAACUAGUACUAAUAACAUCAAAUCAUAUGCCAAUGAUGUUAGUCACAACUAUUAUUA